CAAGACAGAGCUAUACGAUGGCAAAGAGAACUGCCGAAGAGCCCCAGCGGCCAACCAAAAAGCCUACAAAGACCCCUUCUAAAGUUCUGGUGUCUAUCUGCAUUCCUUCGACCGUGAUAUCCUCCAAAAAUGCCUACAAUUUGGAGCAAAUCACCAAUAUAGCCUACCAGAUCGCUAAGGCAGCCACCAUAUACAACGUAACAGAAAUUGUGAUAUUGGAUGUACCUGAUCAGCAGGAAAUUGACGAGAAAGUAGUUCAAAUGGCCGGCUCUAAGGGAGGUAAGAAAAUGAAGUUCAACUUUAGCGAUGAGGACAUUGUCAACGAAGAAACCCCGGAUAUAGAGACCAAGGAGAAGAAGGAGUCGGACGAUGCCUAUUUGUUGGCCAGUUUAUUGCAAUUCUUCGUCACCCCUCCUUACCUUGUCAAGAGCAUAUUUCCUCCCGAACUCAAGAUCAAUAAGAACAUAUUGAAAAAGCUCCAUUACGCCUAUAAGUUGCCUAAGAUGACCACAUUACCAUUCAUGGGUAACAACGACGUUUUCAAACACUUCAAGGAGGGCAUGACAAUUGCCCGUGAGACCCCCAAGGUCAUGAACAAAAAGACCAAAGUCAAGGCUGCCAAGAAGAUCUCAGUGACCAAGUUCGUCAACAUCGGAGAGGCCGAGCCAUUGGAAUUGAACAUCAAAAGAGAAGUACCUGUCAACUCUAGAGUCACCGUCGACAUCAAGAACAAGACGAUUGUUUCACCAGCAGAAGCAUAUGGAGUGGUGGGUAACAAGUCCUCGUUCGGUUACUAUAUACGUAUGUGCAAGCGUUUCAGCCAGAUUUUUACCGAGAGUUCAGUGCCUGAAGGGUACAGCUCCAGUGUGUACGUCAACUGUGAUGACUACCACUUGUCCAACAAGAAGAUCGGCGAUUUCUCCGAAAUCAGGCCAAUUUCAAAGGUCGAAGGAAACGUAUUGUUGGUACUUGGAAAUUUCAAGGAUUUGCAAAACAGUUUCGAACAGGACAAGAGCAACUUGGAGGGUGUAGACAGCGUGGGGCAGAUGUUCGACGGAAGCAUGGAAGUACCCAAGGGGGUAAGAGCUGAGGACGGAUUAUUGGUGGCCUUGACCAAGGUGGAUAGCCUUGCUAGUUAGAUGGCAUUUAGUGCAUGUACAAUAGUCUCACAAACUGUAGGCGCUGUUUUUGGUGUUCUCGUACCGAAGUAGAAACACCUAGGAGUUCUCUCCUGGCAAUUGACGGAAUCACUGAAUACACACCUUCCUCUACUCUACAUUUUUCAAGGACUUUAAAAAUAUCCGGGAGGUGGCCGCAAUGACUGACCUCAAAGUCAGUCUUAUUGAUUUGGUACUUGUAAGGGGGUACUC